ACAAAGUUAUUUGGUGUGUUUGAGAAAAUUGUCAGCUACAUGUAUCCAUGACAACCACGUUCAGCAAGUUCUUUCCAGAUACAGUUUAACGUGUCAUAAAAACCCAUGGGAGAAAACAAUUGAUAUGCAAGUCUCUUAUUUUGAAAAUAAUAAGAUUAAAAAAGCACAAAGAACAGACGAUCUGUAUGAUGAUGUUGGAGAGAAAAUGGCCGCCAGAAGAACCAAGCACACAAAGAAAGACGAUCAGUUCGAUGAUUUUGGAGAGAAAAUGAAGGCCAGAGGAAUCAAACACACCAACAAAGACGAUCAAUUCGAUGACACGAAUAAAAAAUCAAGAAAAAGUAAAAAUAGUAAACGUAAUAAACCUGACGAUUUUUACGAUGAUUUUGGUGAGAAAAUGAAAAAAGGAAAAGAACGAAAAACAGAUGAUAAAUUUGAUGAUUUUAAAGAAAACAGACGGAACAAAAUACGCCAAAAGGCAUUCAAAGAUGGAAAGAAAGAUGAUUUAUAUGACGAUUUAGACGAAAAAAAUCGAAACGGAAAAUUUAAUCAACGCGAAAGGGAUGAUAUAGGAGAUGAUGUCUUCGAUGACAAAAGUGACAGUCGAACUGGCAACAGAAAGCAGAUGUACAACCCUAGAUUUAAUAUUGCAAAAGGAGACCGACAAAAUCGGCAAUAUUCCUCUAGAUUUGGAAUCACAAGAAACGAUUAUUUUGAUAGAGAAGAUGAUGAUGAAGACGAAAAUUUUACAUCGGAAAGUGACGAUAUUGACUAUGAUGAUAGUUAUGUUAACAACAAUGUCAGGGGCCGUUUUGAAUCGGCAGAGGUCAAUGAUUAUGGUUCAUAUACGACAAGUGACAUUGCAGACGACAAUAUCGACAGCUCUUCUGAAGAGAACGACGACAAAAUCGUGCACAUACAUUCAAGUAACAAAAGCAUAAACGCAGUCCACUAUAAACCUGCAAUCCAAAUAAGAAACUUUGGAGACGAUAUCGACGAUUACUUUGACGAUAUAUACGAUUUCGACAAUGAAUUACCUGAAAUGGAAGAUAUCAUUAAAAGCCGUUACCUUCAUGGAAAUUAUCCGAAUAUGAUGUCAAAUGGUGGAAAUUAUCCGAAUAUGAUGUCAAAUGGUGGAAAUUAUCCGAAUAGAAUGUCAAACAGUCACAGUUAUCUGAAUAGAAUGUCAAAUGGUGGAAAUUAUCUGAAUAGAAUGUCAAACGGUCAAAGUUAUCUGAAUAGAAUGUCAAAUGGUGGAAAUUAUCCGAAUAGAAUGUAUAAUGGACCCGUCAACCCUUUAUUCUAUGAUAACGACGAUUUUUACGAUGACGAUUUGAUGGAAUUUGACGAUUUUGAGGAUGGGUUUUACGGGAACGGUUUUGAAAAUGAUGCUUUUGAUGAUAUACAUGAACAUUUUCUUAAAUACAAACAAUUUGGAAAACAGAGACCCUUAACUAGAACCGAUUCUGAUAGCUCUGAUGAAGAGCUUGGUAUUGUAAAUAAUAGAAUUCAAACAAAAAAGGAUGUUUUCGACGAAUAUGAUUCAAAUGAGAAUAGGAUGAUCUUUGGACAUAAAGGACUCAAAUCAAAACUUUCGGAUAUCGAUGAUUAUUUUAACGAUAUAAAAGAUGAUAUCUAUGACGAUGAUUUUCACGAGGAAGGAACAAUACCUCAUCAUUACUCUUCAUCUGAAAGUGAUAGUGAUUCAAAUGAAAAAAUAAUUCCUAAUUUUAACUUUUUAACAAAAUUUUCUAACAAAAGAUACACAAGAAUAAAACCAAGCAAAAAUUCAACACAUUUCGACAACAAAAGGCAAAGUCAAUAUAAUAAUUUCCCUAAAGGAUUAAAAUUUCCAUCAAACGAUGUUCCACUAUCGAAGAAAUUAGGUAUUAAUCUGGAUAGUCAACCAAAACGCAGAGCUUUACAAAUGAGUGAGGGCUUUACCCCUGAUGUUAAGAAAGAACGACUGCCCAAAAAAGAACCAUUUCCCAAGCUAGCAAAUCACAUAAGUGGCGAACCUUCAUUCUUUACUCAUGGAAAUUUUCGUACAGAAAGAUUAAAGACGGGUCUUGAUAGUGGCAGCUUCAUACUGACACCAUACAACUUUGUUUUACUCAUAUCGGUACUUUUAGUUAUUUUAUAACUUCAUUAAAGUGGUAGAAUCCACGUUAAAUGUUUUUGCUUCAUGUUUAUUCUUAUUAACGAUUCGAAUUUGGUAUGCGGAGCAGUAUAUGCUACACAGGCAAAUUUAGUUCACGUGAAUUUCAUGUGAAAUGAGAUUCACGUGAGCAAAAUUUGGCUGUGUAAACUUUGAGGGGCACUUUUAUAUCAUUUUCAGUUUUACGGGGUUCAGUGGCGGAUGUUUGAAAAACGAGAGAGUUCACCGAAAAGGUUUACCUAAAUGAGGGUCCGGCAUUCACAAAGAAGAAAAAUAAAUGACUAAAACCCAACAGUUAAGCUUUUUUUAUGUUAUUUUAAAUAGACCUGGUCAGUGUAGUUGAAUUAUUGAAUUUUCGAUAAAAGGGAAGCCCAAUACAUAGUGUUUUAGUAUUUGUUGUAAGCAACGGGUUUGAAAGAUAAAAAUUAUAAACCAAACCAUGUUAUUAUUCGUGGACUCUGUUUUGAUAUGCCAACGAGAGCACAUGAAAUUAGCUUGGAUAUGCCACUUAGCACAUUGGCUCGUUUGGAAUUUCCAACGUUGUCUAUCAUAAUUCUUUUUAGAAUAUCAUUAAUAUUUUAUAUUAUGUUAUGCAUUCAUGUAUUAUGUUAUGUUUUGUAAUAUUAAUGGUGAGACAUAAAUAAACUAUUUGUAUUGUA